UUUUGCUUCCUACGCCAGGUGGCAGCUAGUGUCUGAAAUCACACGAGGAAAAUGUCGUCUGCUUUCACACUUUUCUAAAAUCUAAAAUGACUUCCGAAGCAAUUGACGCCGCUAAAAUUGAGGCGGAACAAAUCAAAUCGUUCCGAGAUUUUCUCUUCUCCUACAACAAACUUUCUGAGCUAUGCUUUGUGGACUGUGUGUGGGACUUCACUUCGAGGACCAUCAAAGACCAAGAAAAUUCCUGUGCAGUUAAUUGUGCUGAAAAGUUCCUGAAGGCAAACCAAAGGAUAUCUCAGCGUUUUCAAGAGUUUCAAGUCCUAUCUAAUGAAAAUGCAUUGGCAAUGGCUAAAAAGUAAAUCAAAUCUAAUGUGUGUAUGUAGGUUUUCAAUAAACAUUUAAUCCAUUCAAAA